AUGAGCGCACCGAUCCGUUCACCACACAGCUCUCCCUCAAGCUCGCCCAGAGAUCUUCGUGCAUUGGAUUCGGAUACAGACCCAAUGGAAUUUGGAGAAUCAGACAAUUCCAUUCAUCACAAUGUCACUCCGGAACUCGGUCAUAGAGAGAAUUUGGUGACACCGGAACUACCAAUUGGAGAUGUUGCAGCCGCUCAAGUCACCCCAUCCACGCGUCCAAUGUUCUCGAUGGCAGGCUAUCACUCAGACUCGAAUGAUGGUGCCGGUCCAUCUGGACUACCGUCCAUCUACCUAAGACGUAUUUCCAGCCGUAGAGGACGAGGCCGCUUCCGGGUUGUGCGCCAACCAUCAUCUUCAUCUGAUUCUGCAUCAACCGGAAACGUCGAGUCGUCGCCGAAAAGUGAUGAGAAAUCAAGCAAGCUUUCGGCAAGAACGUCACUCCCACUUGAUCUCGAAAUGGACAUUGACAAUUUGGAGUCGAUGACUGUGUCGACGUCUCGUCCUCCAGUCACUAGAAAAAGACCGAGCGACGCCGGAGGAAUAUUCGAUCUGAAAGUUAAGCAUUCGAAAAAUGAUGGAGAAUCGUCAGUUCCCAGUCAUCAUGCAUCAUUGAGCAUUGCUGGCGUUGAGAUUACAGGCCAAUCAGGACAAGCUCCAUCCGCAAGUGGAGAACCAUCAGUUAGUGCCACAGAAGCCGGACGUUCGCAAAUCACAAGCUCCGGAAGAAUCUUUGCACGUCGUCGUGCCAUCGUUCGUCGCCGUGAGGCUUCACAAGAAGAUUCGAAUGACAUGGAGACAGAUACCGCGGACAAAGGACCGUCCGAUUCUCAUUGUGACGAUCAUGGAGAUAAAUUGUCGAACAAGUAG